UGCAAAUUAUUUUCAAUGCGUGCGUACGAUCUACGACUCUACAAUCUAUAGUAACAACAAACAUCAUUUCUCUUAUAUUGAAGGCACCAGUCGAAACCGUGGCAGUCAGCAGAGAAGCUCUUCACUUCUUGCCAAACACCUCUUCCUAAAUUACCGUGACUAACUGUAGGUAUAAAAUAGUUAUCGAAGUAAGGAAUGCUAAACGAACAAUAAUGUACUCGUAGUUACACUGCGCAGAAAGGAGGGACAAGCAUUUGUAUUUCCUUGUCAACUUAUCAUAGACAUGGAUAGCAGCCAAGGCACCGCCGGCGGCGAAGAAUUCUAUGGGAUGAGCUAUCAGUAUUCUUGCAAUUUCAAGCACCUUCUCGGGACCGGAGCAUUUGGUGCUGUGUAUAAAGCACUGAUUACGCAUCAGGGGGAUAACGCCGAAAUACAAGGAGAUGCUGCCGUUAAACUCAGUCAUUUUACGAAAGAGACAGACCCUCUGCGCGAUUUGGAAAACUGGGAAAAACGUCGCGCGCGAUGGCAGAAACUAGUCAAGCUGCGACAUGAUCGAUUGUUAACGUAUCAUAAAAUCUCUGUGUACCAAUCCGCAAGAGGAGCCAGUGUCGAAUAUCUAAUGGAUUUCUGCAGUGGUGGUGAUUUGGCAUCACUGUUGGGAAGCUACAGAAGCAAAAAGGGCCAUCUCGAUCAAUUAGAAGCCUUGUGCUAUGCUAUGCAGAUUAUUGACGGUGUGGAUUAUUUGCAUGUCGAGAAAAUAAUCCAUGGGGAUUUAAAGCCAGGUAACAUUCUUGUGAAGCCGAAUGAAGACCAUCACAAAUUGCUGAUCGGUGACCUUGACGACCUUAUUCCCAUGCAGCAGAGUAUCAGUAAUCCUGGAGAUUUUCACAGCGUUCACGGAACUUUUUGUUACACGUCUCCUGAAUGCCUCAGAAAACUGGCAUCACUAGAUUUUGAAAAUCUUGGACAAAAAUCGGACAUCUGGAGCAUUGGAUGCAUUAUCCACGAUUUAGCCAACUGUUGUCUUGGGAUUGAGAACAAAAUUUUUGUUAAAGAAGGAAACCCACCCUUAUCCUCUGAGCAUCUUAAUGAUCACGCACUGGCAAUGAAAAUAAUUGACGGUUACAUCCCAUUCAUCAAUGAUAACAUUACGACACCCUUUAAAGAUAUGAUCAAGAGUUGCUUGCAAGUGGAUAGUAGGGACAGACCCUCUGCGGAAGAGUUGUUGCGCCUAUGCUGCAGAAAAAUUAACGGCCACGAAGCUACUGUCCGCUGUAGUGUAUGCCCAAUGUCUUGGACCUCAUUUGGCCAAAGUGAACCAGAGUUUGGCAUAGCUCUUUUCAGUGGUACGACGUACGAGAAGGUAUUUGUGCAGCAUCGUCAGAAAAAGAAAGCACUACUGGAAAACAGAUGGAACAAUCUUUGGCUGUGGAACGUCAAAAAAUGCUGGAUGACCUUGUUCACUCCCUAAUGCUAAAAGAGACAGAAAGCAAAUUUGAAAUCGGAAAAUCACACAGAGAGCAAGAAGAAGGAGAAGAAUCGGCUUCUCAAAGACAACUGAACCAAGCUGUGGAAGCCGAGAAGGCGAAACUUCAGGAA